AUGGCCCACGCGGCAUUCGCUUUCCUAUGUAUAUCGUGGCUGUCGCUGUUUUCGCUGGUGAAUGCCAGGCCGCAGGGAGGAUGGUGGAAUACCUCGAUGCCGCGCGUGGAAAACACCAGUCCAAGCCUGCCAUCCACCCAGCCCAGCCCGAGUUCGGGAUCUUUCCCGUUGAGGAGUUAUAUCCCUGAGCCGAUUGGAAUACCCUUUGCGAUCCAGAACCGCACCGCGCAGCCAUGGGUGAGCCUCAAUGAGCCCGUCGUCCACCAGCCCAACGCCGCAGCGCCCACUGCUCUCUGCGCCAGCUCCGGUGACUCCGGCGGAGGAUACUGGUACGCGGACAUCGAGCACAACGGCCAAUCCUCCUUCCUCGAUUCCAGCCACAAGGAGGCGUACACGGUGUUUCGCAACGUGGUCGACGAUUUCGGGGCGGACAACACGGGCAGCAGGGACGCGGCGCAGGCGAUCCAGGCCGCGAUCCAGGCCGGACCAUCCAACGGACCGGAUCGCGCCUCCCACUCCAUGGGCACCACCGGACAGCCCGCCAUCGUCUAUCUCCCCGCAGGAACCUACCUGCUCGCGAGCUCGCUGCAGCUGUUCGUGGGGACGGUCAUCAUCGGCGACCCGACGAACCCGCCCAUCAUCAAAGCCGCGGCCAAUUUCCCGGACGACCAUCUCAUCUAUGCCAAAGACCCCAACUUCGGCGGCACGAUCAACUUCUACAUCGGGAUGAAGAAUGUGGUGCUCGACUCGACGGGGGUCGCGUACGACAAGAACAUCGCCCUGCUGGAUUGGACUGUCAGUCAGGCGACGCAGUUGACCAAUGUCGGGUUCAACAUGCCGGUUGGGACGGCGACUCACAUCGGUCUGACGACCCAGUAUGACUACAACAGCAACCUCAUCAUGAACGAUCUGUGGUUCAAAGGCGGCGCGGUCGGCAUGAAGCUCAGCGGCCAGCAGUGGGUAUUCAAGAACCUGAGUUUUCUGGGAACAACAACGGCGGUCGUGGCCGGGGGCACCGACAUCACCUUCCUGGGCUGUCGUUUCGAGCAGUGCAAGACGGGGAUUGACGCGCACGGCACCUCGGGCUCGCUGACCGUCAUUGACACCUCGGUGACGAGCGUCGGCACGUUUAUCACCACCGGCACCUCCGACACAGCCGGCAACUCCAUAGUGCUCGAGAACAUCAGCAACUACGGCAACACGGUCAAGGUCGGUGACGCGAUCGUGCUGAGCGGGGGGGUCUCAGACACCUGGGUCCACGGCCACCUGUACACCUCCGGCUCGAACCAAAUGCAAGCCACAAACGGCCAGCUCGUCAGCACCUCCCGCGUAUCGGCGCUGUUGUCCGGCAACAAGUACUUCACCAAGGCGCCCCCCACGUACCAGGAGUAUACCGCCAGUCAGGUCCUCAACAUCAAGAACGUGCCGGGCAAGCCGGUGUACGGCGACGGCGAGACGGACGAUACCCGCAACAUCAACGCGAUCCUGUCCAGCAACAAGGACUGUAAGCUCAUCUAUUUCCCCGCGGGGACGUACGUGGUCACCGACACGAUCCAGAUUCCCAGCGGCAGCCGGAUUAUCGGGGAUGCGUUCGCCGCGACCAUCAGCGCGGUGGGCAGCAAUUUCGAGGACGAGGCCGCGCCGCGCGCGAUGAUCCGCGUCGGCAACCCCGGGGACGUAGGCGUGGCGCAGAUCAGCGAUAUGGUGUUCACGGUGGCGGAUAUUCUCCCGGGAUGUCAAUUGGUGGAAGUCAACAUCGCCGGCACGAAACCCGGGGACGUGGGGUUCUGGAACGCGCACUUCCGGAUUGGCGGGGCGGUGGGCAGUCUCGUCGAGUCGCAGUGCACGGGCAGCCCGGACAACUGCAAGGCGGCGUACGGGCUGCUGCACCUGACGAGCACCUCGUCGGUGUACGUCGAGAACAUGUGGGGGUGGACGGCGGACCACGAUCUGGACGGGGACAGCGCGCAGACGAUCUCGACGGGGCGCGGGAUGCUGGUGGAGGCGACGGCGGCGACCUGGCUGGUCGGCACGGGGAUGGAGCACAACACGCUCUAUCAGUACAAUUUCCACAAGGCGCGCAACGUCUUCUCGGCGCUGCAGCAGAGCGAGUCGCCCUACUGGCAGGGGGUGGGCAGCACGCUGGCCCCGGCGCCGUGGGACGGGGCCUUGCGGGACAGUGACCCGGAUUUCGCGGGGUGUGGCGGGGAUGACGCGCUGUGUCGCAUGGCGCUGUUUGAGCGGAUAUAUGAGUCCUCGGACUUGUUCCUGUACGGGGGCUGUAAUUGGGUGUUCUUCAAUGAUAACGGGAACUGUCCGAAGGGGGAUUGCCAGCGGAAUGCGGUGUUGGUGGAGGACUCGUCGCAGGUGUAUCUGUAUGGGACCAACACGAAGAGCACGACGAAUAUGGUGGUGGAUGGGGAGGGGACGCCGAUUGCACGGCAGGCGGAUAAUGCCGGGGGUUGGGGGGGUGUGAUUGCUGCGUAUUUGUAUAAUUCGUAG